AUGAGCUCCCUGCUGCAAGGGGGCUACCUGAAAGAAGUGUCCAAGCAGAGGAGGGGGCGUCUUUGGCGGCUGUGCGCAAGGACGAGCCUGUUGAGGGAGGACGCAGGGGAGCAGUACUAUAAGCAUCUGUGCGAGCUGCGGAUGGAGGACCAUGCGGACGUUGCGUCGGAGAUCGGCAGAGACCUGGGGCGGUCGAUGCCUGACAUCCCCUACAUCGCGAGCCCGGAGGGACAAGAGAGGCUACGGCGAUGCCUGCUGGCAUACUCAGCUCACAACAAGGAGCUGGGGUACAGCCAGGGGAUGAACUUCAUCGCGGCAUUGCUUCUGCUGCACCUGGAGGAUGACGAGGACACUUUCUGGACUCUCCACUCAGUGGUGACGCAGCUGAUACCUGGGGGCCUCACUCGGACCCUGACGAGCUUCAAGAUCUCUGUCCUCGUCCUCUGCGACCUUCUCAAGACCCUCGCACCCGACAUCUACCUAGAGCUGGAGGGGCUGGAGAUCGUCGUGUCUGAGCUGCUGGGGAUGGUUUGCCCGCAGUGGUUCAUUUCGCUCUUCGUGAACGCCCUCCCCCUUCCUCUCGUGGUCAAGCUCUGGGACAUAAUCUUUCUCGAGGGCAGCGUUGCCAUCUUCCAGAUCGGCAUCGCGAUCUUG